AUGAGGGUGAAGCGGGACGCAGAGUACGACGACGAGGACAUGAACGAGCGCCCGAAGUGGAAGUACCGAAAAGAUGCGAGUGGCCUCAGGGUGCCGGUGAUCUGUACCGAGGUGCGCGAGCCCGAAGAGCCCUCUGGCGAGAGCGUAUAUCGUCUUGCGUGGCUGUUUGUUGAAGGAUGGCGACACAAGCUCCAGAAGGCCGGAGACAUGGUCGAGAAGAGUCGAUGGGAGUGGGAGAUUGACGGCCCGCAGGAAAUGUCCCAGAAACAACAUGAUGAGUUCCCAUCUGCCAAUGCAUCAACUUCCGCAUCGUCGCCUGCGGUUGUUCGAACAUUCAAGCGGGCGGCGGUAGCUUGCAAAGCUUGCAACCUGAGAAAAGUGAGAUGCACCGUCACAUUAUCCGGCCCUCCAUGCGCCAACUGCUCUGUGGAUGGCAUUACAUGCGAGGUUCUGAGUCGCAAACGACGCCGAAACUCGGAUCAACUACCCGUGGACUCAGGCGGGGCCGCUGGUGGUGAGAGCUCGUUGAUCGUCAUCCCACAAAGAGGCCAUCUCAAACGUCGUCUGGUGGCACAACCAACUCCUGACCCAUCUCCCAGAGAACAUGGGGAGGCCAAUGGGAAUGGGAGCACUCGUGGCACAUCGGCACCUGCGGAGGAAAAUAACCAUCAGGAGGCAAACCGCCCCUCUAUGUCUUCAACUCCCCCAGAGCUCGCGAGGACAACAUCGGUCAGCGGGACAUCUGCCCCCGCUUCUCGACCUUAUGAUGCCGUAAGAGCUCUGCUUCCCACCAGCAAUCAACGGUCUGCUCCGGAUCCAUCCGACGCCACAGAGGACAGCUCCGCCUAUGCUGAGACUUUGGAAGGUGGUAAGAAUUGUGAAAGCGGAUGUGUCCCUUUCUACCCUGGAGAUCAGCGGGGUCCCGCAUUCUUGAUCGAUAUCUGUGAGCCCAACAGAUCCUCCAAAGACAACCAUUUCCUAGUGCCUAUGCCGUCAAUCAAGGCUCUCUCACCAGAAGAUGUCAAUUAUUUGCGAAUUAAAGGCGCUUUCGCGCUGCCUGCACCUCGCCUUCGAGAUACCAUGAUUAGAUGUUAUUUCCAUUACGUUCAUCCAUUCGCGCCGAUUUUAGAUGCAACUGAAUUCAUCACCGAGUAUGAGAAAGGCCGACAGAGCCUUUUACUAUUAUGGAGCAUGUUCAUCGCUGCGGCAAGCUUCGUCGAUGACAAUAUCUUGACUGAGGACUUUUACACCUCCAGAAGAGCCCUUAAAAGGGCCAUGUAUCAGCGUGCAAAGGCUCUUUAUGAUGCGGAUUACGAGAAAGACAAGGUCACGCUUAUCCAAUCAGUCUUUCUAAUGGGACACUGGUAUACUAGCACGGAUGACCGAGCCGGACCGUGGCAUUGGAACGGUAUAGCCAUCAGCCUCUCACACACAAUCGGACUUCACCGCCUCAACGUAUCAGUGAACCAGCAGGCUUCCCAGGGAACAAAACCAUUCUGGCAACGACUCUGGUGGUCUGUGUACACCCGAGAAGUCUGGCUGUCGCUCGGACUCGGUAGGCCAAUGCGCAUCGCUUUUGACGAUUUUGAUACGCCUAUCCCAACUGCUUGCGCUGCAGACGUCCUCUCGCCUGAGGUAGCGAAUAACCUCGGCCAAAAGUACCUUCCUGGAGAGCUCGGUCUCUUGUUUGAGAUCUGGCUUGCAUUCGUCGGAUUGAGCGCGGCACUGAGCAACAUUCUUGCGGCGAACUACAGAGUCAAGGGUAUCAAACCGUCCAAAACUGAGAUUGAGCGGAGCGAGAGCCAGCUUCGGGCGUAUCAGUACAGAGUACCAGAGGGUACUGACCAGAGCCGGGUUGUUGCAUCUCAUAUCUACCAGUUCAAGCUUUACUUUGAAACGUCCAUUAUUGUUCUUUAUCGGCCUUUUAUUCUUGAUACCCCGAGAGAGAUUCCAGCUGCUGACCAGGGUAGUUGGAGGACCUUUGCUUGCCAGAAGACCAGAACAGCCGCAUCCAAUGCUAGUGCCGCAGUAAACUCCAUGAUGGCAGAGGAUCUCAUCCGUUUGUGCCACACCAUCACAGUGAUCGCAAUGGGGCCGCCAAUGCAAAUCCAUCUCUUCGAAUCAACAUCUUCCAAGCCCAUGGCUCGUCAGAUGGGAAGACACAACCUCGCGCUAUGUAUGGUAGCCAUGGAUGAGUUAAGGAAGCCAUACAUAUCUGCAGAGGCAUCAUAUAAGCUCUUUGAGACCGCGAUCAACAAGGUCGAUAACGCGCCUCCAUACCCAGAACACCAACCAUCUCCCGCUGGCCCCACGACAUCUGCAAUGUCCGACAAUACAGCAGUGAAUAGCAUGUUUACCGACUGGCCUGAUGGAUACGGUCUGGGGAGUGCAAAUAUCAUUACAGAUAUGUGGACUCCAAUGCCGAAUGCAUACCCAGACAGCAGCUCAAUUUCCGGGACACACACUGAUGCUUGGCUUGACAUACAGUCCAUGGAUAGGCUGUGGACACUCGACGACUUCAGUUUGCCGUAA